AUGUCUGAACCCUCCACCUCACUGACUACCACCAUCAAUCAUGAGGAUAAUAACCGUGAUUCUUAUAUAACCGAACUAACAAAACAACUUGACGACUAUGAUCAAAAGUUAGAUAAGCUAUUAAAAGAGCUUUCUUGGUCCAGAGAAUUUCUGAAAUCUCGGGAGGAGGAAACCCAAAAUUGGGUUAUUUGUCCAUUCGACGCUUCUCAUAAAGUGCCAAAUAAAAGUUACGAAGCGCAUUAUAAACGUUGCGAGCUAAAGUAUCAUGGGAUCAAGAAAGAACGCGGCGUGCAGCGUCAAUUGCCUAGUUCAACUUUUUACUAUAAGGAUGCGCCAUCAGUCAUAUCACUUUUAGAAACAGACGAAUCACGAAGAGCCACCAGGGCUGCUCCACACAUUGGUCAAAGCCUGACUGUGGAACAACGCCUCUCAGAAUACUUGAAAGAUCUCUCGGACUCUAAUCAAAUACGAUUAACGCAUCACGAUCGACAAAAACACGAUGUGUAUCAGAACUUUGAUGAAGUUUGGGAAAAUCUUCAAAAGUUUAAAGAACAAAAUCAAGGAUCAAAAUCUCGUGAAGAGUUGUUGGCAGAACAACGAGACUACAAACGUCGAAGAAAAUCUUAUCGCGCAAAAAAUAUAAAGGUUACUCAGCGAACGCCUACUCUGAUUCAUCGUGAUAUUAUUGUUGCCUACAUGGAAGAUUUUAAACUUUUGCGGGAAUUUGAGCAGAAUAUGGUGAUCAAAAAAGAAUAUAAUCUGGCAGGCUCACCAACAAGCAUUGAACAUUUUCAUAAUAUAGAACUAAACGAAGGAAGAAUAACAGCUGAACCUUUGUCUUUAGUCGAACCGGAAUCUAUGCUUGCUGACAUUCCUUACGGGUCUUCGUCGUCUUCCGGCGCUCACCAUGGAAUCAUUGCGAGUCCUGCACCUUCUUACAUGUCGCAUUUACCGUCCAAAUUAAAAUCAUUUUUUCGAUUGAAUAACAGUAGCAGCAGUUCGAAGAAAGAGGGAUCUUUAGGCAUGAAUGGUAGCAUUAAUUCUGUCCAUGAGCUUGGUUCGUCGACAUCAUUAAAUAGCACGAUUACUAAUAGGAGCACCAAUGAAAAGAUUCUAGGCGUCAAUGGUCAUAAUAAUAGUCAUAAUAAAUUAAAUGGGACAAUUUUUAAAUCCAAUGAGAAAAGUAAAACAUUAGGACCUUCUUGGUUCUUAAAAGAUCAAGGAAAUAACCAGAAAUUACGUAGAGUAGCAUCGGCACCGGAUACUAAAUCACCUAAUGAGAAAUCAGAGGUCUUAUUAGACCAAUCAACAAAUCAGUUACAAUCUCCACAACAUCAACAUUAUAGUGGGAGUGCAAUUGAUCUGUAUAAUCAUUCAAAUGACACUAACAAUAGCUUAGUUGUUCCCCCGAUACCAAGACCAAUAUCAGAGUUUAAACGCUCUGGGACAUUCAGACGUACUUAUUCGUCAAAUUCUAUUAAAGUUAAAAGUGUUGAAGUUGGACCAAGCAGUUUUCGAAAGGUUAAAUUACUCGGGAAGGGUGACGUAGGAAAAGUUUAUUUGGUAACUGAGAAAAAAUCGGGAAAAUUAUAUGCAAUGAAAGUCUUGUCUAAAAAGGAAAUGAUCAAAAGAAAUAAAAUUAAACGUGCACUGGCAGAGCAGGAAAUAUUGGCAACUUCCAAUCAUCCGUUUAUUGUAACAUUGUAUCAUUCAUUUCAAAGCGAAGAAUAUUUGUAUUUAUGUAUGGAAUAUUGCAUGGGAGGUGAAUUUUUUCGAGCAUUACAGACACGACCCGGAAAAUGUCUUGCAGAAGAAGAUGCGAAAUUUUACGCUGCAGAAGUCAUCGCAGCAUUAGAAUAUUUGCAUCUGAUGGGAUUUAUUUAUCGGGAUUUAAAGCCUGAAAACAUAUUGUUGCAUCAAUCAGGACAUAUCAUGCUUUCAGAUUUUGAUCUUUCAAAACAAUCACAUCCUGCAAACAUGCCAUGCAUAGUUAAAAAUAGCUCAGGGAAUGCGCCUCCAUCUAUAGACACUAAAUCAUGCAUAGCUAAUUUGCGUACUAAUUCUUUUGUGGGCACAGAGGAAUACAUCGCUCCAGAAGUGAUAAAGGGGUAUGGUCAUUCAAGUGCUGUUGAUUGGUGGACACUUGGAAUUUUAAUAUACGAAAUGCUGUAUGGAAUCACUCCAUUCAAGGGACAGAGCCGUAAUGCAACUUUUUCAAAUAUAUUAAAAAAUGAUGUAUAUUUCCCAGAACCGGCUGGAUCCGUGCCAGUGUCAAAUCUGUGCAAAAGUUUAAUUCGUAAACUACUAUGUAAAGACGAGAACCGACGGCUAGGCUCAAAAGCUGGUGCUUCGGACGUAAAAGCCCACCCAUUCUUCAAGAGUACACAGUGGGCGUUACUACGGCACGCCACGCCGCCAAUUAUUCCGCCACAAAGUUAUGGCACUGAUGCUGUGAAUUUUAGAAAUAUUCAGGAGAGUAUUAGUCUUGAUAUGGAGGGUGAGGCGGUGAUGACUGAGCUUAAUGGCGAGAAUCCGUUUGAGGAAUUUAAUAGUGUAACAUUACAUCAUGAUGGAGAUGAAGAAAUAUAA